AUGGAUGACUCUCAAAGCACAAAAUUGAAAAUUCCAAUGACUACACGUAAAAAGUUUUUAACAAUACCCGGUAUAAUAGCGAAAAAACGAGAUGGUAUGGAACUGGAUGCAGAUGAUAUUAACCAAUUUAUAACUGGUGUAUCGAGUGGCAGUAUUCAAGACUGUCAGGUUGGCGCCAUGUUAAUGGCAAUUUAUUUAAAAGGCAUGACAGAAUUCGAAAUAUCUGCAUUAACGCUUUCAAUGCGUGAUAGUGGUGAACGAUUGCAAUGGCCUCAGUUUAGAGGGAACGUUGUGGAUAAACAUUCAACUGGAGGAAUUGGAGAUAAAAUAAGCAUUCCUCUAGCUCCUGCGUUAGCUGCAUGUGGACUGAAGGUGCCCAUGAUCAGUGGAAGAGGACUAGGCAUCACAGGAGGAACUCUGGAUAAAUUAGAAUCAAUACCGGGUUAUGUAACACAAUUGACAGAGGAGCAAAUAAACGAUAUAAUAACGAACGUUGGAUGUGGAAUAUUUUCACAAAGUUUAAAACUCAAUCCAGCAGAUAGAUUUUUAUAUAGUAUUCGAGACGUCACAUCUACUGUAUCUCACAAUGCUUUAAUCGUUAGUUCAAUAUUAUCAAAAAAGGCUAUCGAAGAUUUAGACGCAUUAAUACUCGAUGUAAAAUUUGGCAAAAGUGCCUUUAUGAAAACCAUUGAAGACGCUGGUGUAUUAGCCGAUUGGUUGUUAAAAGUUAGUAAAUUAUUAGGGAUGAAAACGAGUGUUUUUAUAACAGAGAUGGAUACUCCGAUAGGAAAUUCAAUCGGAAAUUCUAUUGAAAUUAUUGAAUCAUUAGAACUAAUGAAAUACGCUGAAAAUCAUUCAAAAGAUUUUGAAGAUUUGGUUUGCGAACAAGGUGGUCAAUUGCUAUUAUUAAUAAAUAAAGUCGAGACAAUUGAACAAGGAAGAGAACUUAUUCGAAAUGUGUUGAAGAAUGGGAAUGCACUGGCAAAAUUUCGUGACAUGAUGAUUGGUCACGGUGUUUCACAAGAGAUAGCAAAUGAACUAAUAACUACCAAAAACGAGAGCUCAGUAUUAAAAUUAGCAGAAAAACAUUAUGUUGGUCGAGCAACACAUAGUGGUUAUGUUAUGAGUAUUGACUCAUUCAAACUUGGAACAUGUGUUCAACAAUUAGGCGGUGGGCGUUUACGUUCAACUGAUAAAAUUGAUUAUUCGGUUGGUAUUCGAUUAUACAAACAUAUUGGUGAUGAAAUAGGGGAAAAUGAUAUAUGGGCAGAACUAUACUAUAAUGACGAAAAAUAUGACUUUCUAGACGAUUUUAAUAGUGCAAUCGAGAUAAGUCCCGUUAUUGUACCACCAUUACAGCGAAUUCGUAAAAUUUUAACAUAG